AAACCCCCAAUCUCUAGCUUUCCUAUCAACCCUUUCACUUUCCCCCAACACCUCUCUCUCUCUCUCUCUCUCUCUCUCUAGGACACUCUCACUUCCCUUCACUGCCACCUCCUCUCUUCACCAAUUCCCUUUAAGCUCCAAUCCAAAAAUCCAAGCACCAACCAGAACCACUUCCUCUCCCCAAUUCCCUUUAGCCAAGGUAGACCUUUACAAUCAAGAAUAUUAGUAGUGAAGGAAAAAAAGAAAAAGAAAAAAGAGAGUCCAACUACAAGAACAAGCCCUCUUUUCCACUUCGUAUCAUGCCCCCAUUUCUUGUUGUAUAUAACAAGAGUUCUUUUUUGGUUGUUGUCAAAGGUGGGCUCGCCAAAUUCUAAUGGAAAAAGAUAGAUACAGUAGCAUCCACCCAUUCUCUGUCCUUUGAAACUAAGCUCGAGUCGGAGAAAAGAAUUAUUAAAAGAAAGUGUCUAUUUGUCUAAGCCAAGAAUCAAAAUUCUUUCUUUCUCUAGAAUUCUAAAUGGGAGUUUGGUUAGUGCUCUUGUUCGCUUUGUUAACCUGCACAAAUCUCUCAAAAUCAGAUCCAAGUGAUGAAGCGUGUUUAACCCAUUUAAGCCAAUCCUUAAAGGACCCAGCAAACUUACUUCAAAACUGGACAAGAUCAAAUUUUGCAAGCCCAUGUUCUGGUUUCACUUCUUAUCUCCCUGGUGCUACUUGCAACAAUGGUCGCAUCUACAAGCUUUCUCUGACUAGUCUUUCUCUUCAAGGGUCUCUCUCUCCUUAUCUUGCAAACUGUACCAAUCUUCAGUCACUAGACCUCUCCUCCAAUCAAAUUACAGGUCCUAUCCCUGCGGAUUUGCAAUCCUUGGUCAAUCUUGCUGUACUCAAUCUCUCGUCCAAUAGACUGGAAGGGGAGAUCCCACCACAGCUUGCAAUGUGUGCUUAUUUAAAUGUUAUUGAUUUGCACGAUAAUUUCCUCUCUGGUCAAAUCCCGCAACAACUUGGUCUUCUAGUAAGGCUCUCAGCUUUUGAUGUGAGCAAUAACAAGCUAUCAGGGCCAAUACCCGCUUCAUUAGGGAACAGGAGUGGUAAUUUACCAAGAUUCAAUGCCACUUCUUUUGAGGGAAAUAAGGAUCUUUAUGGCUACCCUUUGCCUCCAAUGAAGGCUAAAGGUUUGUCCGUUUUGGCCAUUGUUGGGAUCGGUUUAGGAAGCGGGUUUGCAAGUUUGGUGCUCAGUUUUACUGGGGUUUGCAUCUGGUUGAAGGUUACUGAACAGAAGAUGGCCCUUGAAGAAGGCAAGAUUAGCAGCCUCAUGCCUGAUUAUUGACGCUAAUCAGGUAUGUUUAGGUUUAAUUCAAGAUUACUGCCAUCACUCUUUUCAGCUAAAAAGGUUAGAAUUUCAUGGAGGUGUGGGCUAAUGUUUAUAAUUUUAUUUCCUCUCUGAUGGGUCAUUUUCUUUCGUUUUUGUAGUUAGAAGUUGUAUUUUACUGGUUUUUGGAGGGUUUUUGUUCUUUUCUUUUCUCCUUUAUUAUCCAUAACCAUUUUGGUUUUCUUUUUAGAAAAAAAAAUCCAUCAGUAUUUUAUGGAACAAUGUAUAAAUGAAUUCAAAUGAGAUACAGUGCAGCUUCUUUCACUGAUGUGAGUUUGAUAUUACUGUAAUUUUUUCAGUUGUGGUUAAUUAUAUAUUAUAGUUUUUUUUUUAAUUAAGAUUCAAAGAAAAAACUUCCAAUGUGAACGAAAUAUAAACCAUGUCAAAAUUAUAGAUUUUUUAAAGUUAAAAUCUAAAAAAAAAUUUCAGUACGGACAAAACAUAAACCACAAAAAUAGACGCAACUUUAAUCUGAAUAUGGAAAUGUAAUUAUCAAUGUGAUGUAGUAGUAAUCUAUAUAUCAGAUGGGUGGGUGUGUCAUGUGUUGGUGCACCUUGGAAUUUUGUCCGCAGUGGCCAAAAUAUGCAGAAAAAGAAAAAGAAGGCAGUAGUGGACAGCUUUUUAGUGUCUGCUGCAGAGACUUGGGGGCUAGGCUCUGCAUUUAUUAAAAAUGCUCUUUUACCUACUUCUUUUUCUGGGUUUAGUGCUUUGUGAUUGUGAACUAGCAGGGAGACCAGCACCUCCACAUGGAUUGCAGAUUGUCUGGUUUGAUUAUCUAUUUAAUUAAUUUAUUAUUAUUAACUUUGAUGGGCUUCGCUUUGCUUUCUUCUUA